GUCGCAUGUGAUCCGCUCGCAGCCGGUCUCCCCGUCCAUCCGUCGCAGUACACUCGUCAGCAGCAUAGAGGAGUUCCAAGCAGCCCAACAGCAGUCCAAGACAACCGCUUCCAACUUUUUCGGCGUGUUUUUGGGCUUGCAAGUCAAGUGGGAAGCAGAGUGGGACGCCCAUGCGACGGAGCAGCGUGCGCCACACCUGCGCUUACGAGAGAAAGGGUCGUCCCCAAAAUGGGAAACCCACUUUGCACAGUCUCGACAUUGCAGGAGCAGAACACCCCCCCCACCAACAGAAGCACCACAAUGUCCUCCAUACAAACAAGAACAGGCAGCAAGCGGAAAGCAGCCGCACCCCAUCCCCCAACAUCAGCAGACGACGCCAUCCCGCUCCCACCAAAACCCGCACAACCAACAACAACGGACGGCCCCCAAAAGAAGAAACAAAAGAAAACCGCCGCCGACUCCCUCCUCUCCGCCUCACUCAGCAAAGAACAGGAGACCGCUGCUGAGGAGGCAGCGGCUGCUUUGGACCCGAAGGACAAUGAAGAGCUGGAGUUGGAGGAAUUGGUGUUUGGUGGGGAUGUGACGGGUGUGAGGGAGAGGUUGGUGGAGGCUGCAAGGGGGUAUGGGGUGGGAGAACAUGACGAGCGAGACGAGCGGGGGCAUAGUGAGGAGGCGGAUCAGAUUGUGAUUGAUGGAGGGGAUGGCCUAGAGGGGAGCGAUGCGGGAGAGGACUUUGGGUUUUUCAUCGACACAGGCGGGAAACACGCGGAGGAAAUCCAUGACAGCACAACCGAGACCGAACCUCAACCACCAGUCUCCACCACCGAAAAGCUGCUGUCCUCCGACCUCCCCGCCGCCUGGUCCGACGACGACGACGUCCCUGUCAACAUCAUCGACUCCAAACGCCUGCGCAAACUCCGACUAGAUUACUCCGAAAAGGUUCUAACGGGAAAGGAGUACGAGCAACGGUUACGGCAGCAAUUUGUGAAGAUGCACCCGACGCCGCAGUGGGCGACGAUUAAAUUAAGGGACCAGGAGAACGGGGGCAGCUCGUCGGAUGAUUUGUUGAGGAUUCUGCGGACGAGUAUGGGGAUUGUGGAUAAAGGCAGACAGGCGAAGCAGUUGUCCCCGGAGUCGCUGGAUAUUGUGCGGAUGAAGGAUGCCAACCAGAUGGCGUACUCUCAGUCGGUCGUCCAAUCCAUCGAAUUCCACCCAACAGCGCCCGUCCUGCUCACCUGCGGCUACGACAAGACGCUCCGCCUCUUCCAGAUCGACGGCCGGAUAAACCCCAAAAUCCAGAGCAUCCACAUCAAAGACCUGCCUUUACACACCGCCCAUUUCAGCCCGGACGGGAAGGAGGUUGUUAUGACGGGGAAACGCAAGUUUUUUUAUUCGUAUGAUGUUGAGAAGGGUGUUGUGAUGAGGGUACCGGGGAUACGAGGCCGUGACGAAACAAGCCUCGCCCAAUCCUACAUCUCCCCCAACAACAAGUACAUCGUCUUCCUCGGCCGCGACGGCUACAUCAUCCUCGUGUCGAAGGAUACCAAGCAAUGGAUUGGGAACCUGAAGAUGAACGGACGCAUCGUGGCCGUCCAGUUCUCCGCGGAUGGGGAGUCAAUGUACUCUCUUGGUGGCGACGGCGAGAUCUACAUCUGGAACCUAGAAACCCGGAAAUGCACCCACAGGUUCUUCGACGAAGGAUGUGUCAAAGCCACCUGUCUCGCCGUAUCCUCAACCGACUUGAUCGCCACAGGCUCCGACACCGGCGUCAUCAACAUCUACUCUCCCUCCGCUUACCUCAACACCCCUCACCCCACCCCCCUCAAAACAAUCCUCAACCUAACAACGCCCAUCACCUCCCUCCUCUUCUCCCCCGACUCCCAAAUCCUCGCCAUGGCCUCGCGGGACAAAAAGGAUGCCCUGAAGUUACUACAUGUGCCCACACGACGGGUGUUUCUGAACUGGCCGACGGGAAUGACGCCGCUGGGGUAUGUCAAUUCGGUGGCGUUUUCGCCGGGGGGUGGGUACCUGGCGGUUGGGAAUGAUAAGGGGAGGGUGGGGCUCUGGAGGUUGGCGGCGUAUGAGGCGUUGUAGGGUAGGGUUAAAUAGGGGAUUGUUGAGUUGAUGUUGAGGUUUGUAAUUUAAGUGGUGCUCCGGGUGCCGAUCGUGCGUAAGAUGCUACGGCUCCCGCUACUGUGAGAGCCAGCGCUCGGGCCGAGUCCCCGGCCUCCUCCUCCCCCUCCUCCUCCUCCCCCGUUUGAAACUGCUCCCCCGACGUAGGCCUCUCCGACGUAGGCGUCUCCAACGUGGUUGCAUCGUUUCGGCAUUGUGUGUGUACGAUCGGUUGUGUGUGUACCGGCACCUGGUGUGUGUACAUGUACAGUACAGGUGUUGCAGGUGAUUGCCGUGAUAGCUGUGUGUCAAAGAACUCGCGUCAGUGCUGUGGUAAUAAUGAAGCUGAGAACGGUGAAGAAUUGGGGUUG